AAUUUACAUUUUGCUGUGAUCUUUAUACUUUUAUAGGUACAAUGCUAACAUGAAUAGAGUACCCGGUAUUUUGAACAGAACUAUUAAAAAUCACUCCCGCGGAAUGAGUUGGGUGGCAGUAUGUCAGAUGACGUCUACGAACGAUCUGCAGGCUAACUACGAGCAGGCUAGCGGGCUGGUCGAGAAAGCAGCUGCGCGUGGCGUUAAGAUGGUUUUUCUUCCAGAAGCAUUUGAUUUUAUCGGAGAAAGUGGCGCGGAGAGUUUGAAAUUAGCACAGAGUCUGACGGGAGAUACUCUAAGACAAUUUCAAGAUUUGGCGGAAAAGAAUAAAGUUUGGAUUUCUCUUGGAGGGUUUCAUCAGAAGGACGGAGAUAAAAUGCUGAAUACUCAUAUACUGGUGGACUCGGAGGGUGGGUUGGUGGAAACCUAUGACAAGGCACACCUCUUCGAUGUAGAAAUUCCGGGGAAAAUUAGACUCAAGGAAAGCGAUUAUGUGAACCCUGGCAAGCUUGCACCAAAACCUGUUCCUACUCCAAUAGGAUCCCUUGGUCUAGGGAUCUGUUAUGAUAUCAGAUUUCCCGAGCUAAGCUCUGGUUUGCGUGCUCAGGGUGCUGAGAUACUAACAUAUCCUUCAGCCUUUACAGUUCCGACAGGGAUGGCACACUGGAAACCAUUGCUCCAGGCUCGGGCUAUAGAGAACCAGUGCUACGUGAUUGCAGCAGCACAGACGGGUCAGCACAACGUUAAACGGAGCAGCUACGGACACGCUAUGAUCCUGGAUCCAUGGGGAACUGUUCUAGCAGAGUGCAGAGAAGGGACAAACUUUGCUCUGGCUGAGAUAGAUCUUGAAUACUUGAAGAAAAUUAGAACAAAUAUGCCGGUUAACCAGCACCGGAGAUCAGAUCUCUUCCAACCCCCCUUACCGGUCAACUCCGAACUAGGUUUGCCGGAGAAUGACUGGGUUUUCAAGUUUGGUCCUGCGAAGGUUCUAGGGCAUUCGAUCUUCCACCGAACCAGUCUCUCUGUGGUGUUUGUAAACAAGAAACCGGUUCUACCAGGUCACGUGCUAGUUUCACCUUUAAGGAAUGUUGGGCGACUAGUUGACCUUCUCCCUAACGAGUUGACCGACCUGUUCACUUGUGUACAGAAGGUCGAGAAGUUUCUUAUGCACCACUACAGUACAGACAGCUGUACAGUUAGCAUUCAAGAUGGACCUGGAGCGGGUCAAACUAUCCCUCAUCUCCAUGUCCACGUUCUACCUCGUCGCUCCGGAGAUUUUCAAGAGAACGACGAUAUUUACAGAGAGCUUGAAAAUCAUGAUAAAGUUGUAACUGGAUGGAGAGAAGAAAACGAAAUGGCGGCAGAGUCAGAAAUCUUCCGGUAUGUCUGGAAACAUUUAUUUUGUUAAAUAUUAUUAUUACAUUUCAGAAA